GCUGAAUGAAACUAACAGUAGCCAUUUUGCGCAUGAAGCUGUGGCAUCAUUCACUUGACAACCGAACGGAAACGGAAUGUUUUGACCAUUUCUGGACACGGGUGGCUGACUGAGUUCAAUAGUACUGCGGUUUGCCAACAAAUAGAAGGGGCGAGUAUCACCGCUUCGCCUGCUGCUGCGGUAGUUGUGAUGAGAGGACGGGCUCGGACAGGUUCUUUUCCAGGCCGUUUGACCCCCCUGUGAGAGAGGGAAAGAUAGGGAGACGGAGCUACCUGUUAGUUAGCUUUAGGAGCGGUGAGAAACAGGUGUAUGGUUUCAUCACACCGAUGCGGCGCGAGCGUGUGUCGCCUCUCCGCCUGACGAAGUGACAACUUUUAAUCACCUCAGGCUGAUUUCCCGGGGAUAUUUAAGGACUGUUAGUCGUUUUAAGGCAUUAAACGGGGCAAGGUCAGGAAGUAAAGACCAACACCAGGAGACACUUAUCCUUAGAGGAGGGGAACGAGAAGGAAAAGCAGCAGAGCACAGAAUUGGAUCUCAGCAGUCAUCCUUUUCUGACGUGCAGUAGUUUCCAGCCUUCUGGUUUUAUGACGGGAAGUGUGCCCCCCUGCAGAAGAUCAGUAAGGAGUCCUCUUCAAUAUGAAUACAGAUAGCGGAGGAUAUACUCGCAAAAGUGUGGCUUUGUCACUCAUACUCUCUCCCAUGAAGAGGGUCCAGAGCUCCCCAAAUCUGCCCACAGGUAAUGAUUCUCACUCAUCAGACUUUGGUUCUUGGCGUUCCCACAGUGCUACUGAUGGUUUAAAGAAUGGAGAUGCCAGUAAUUCAUCUCUUGCUGCUAAAGGCUUUCGGAGUGUCAGACCCAACCUACAGGACAAAAAGUCUCCUCCACAGGAUGUUAGUCCCUUACCACUGCCGCCCCCCAGGAGAGAGAGUUUUAACCUCUUGCCUGUUGGCACCAAUCCUCCACACUACAAUUCAGUCGUUGAUCUGGCUAAUGACUUUAGUCCUGGAAUGCUAACAUUGACUAAGAAUGACAAAGCACUAUUAAAAGAGUCCUACACUCUUAGCAGCACAUCCUCUUACUCUUACUCAGAGACAAGUGCAAAUUCACUCCAACAGGUUAAUCAGUCCACAGCUGCAAAUGACAUUAGCAACUUCAGUGCAUCUGCCACUGACAGCACACAGAGGCGUAAGGUUUCUUCACUUAAACUCACCCCUGUCACUAUCCCGGACCCCCCUUCUCACCUUAACCAUCAAACCGAAGCCUCAAGCUCCCCUCCACCAUCUUCCCCUCCACAAGCAUUUUUAAACCGUUCCCAUCCCCCAUCACAGAGGACUUCAGUUUCUGUCCACUUGGGUGCAGAAAAUCAAAAAAAUCCAGAAUAUUUGGCUUCAAAUCCAAGAGUGGAGGUAACGGUCCCUGAUCAAGAUCCAAAUCAGACUUCAACUCAAGCUCCAUCGCAAGAGAUGACAAAGCCUCCUACAGUUCCACCAAGACCUUCGCCUGCACAAGUAUUGGGGCCUCCUUCCCCUGACCCUUCAGCACGGCACUCCCCCUUUCGCUGCCAGAGCUCCGAGUCUCUCGACUACCAGUCAAGCUUAAUGCCCAAGGCCUUAUCGUCACCCACUCCGUAUGUUCCCAGCGGAGCUGUUAUGAAAGCUGGAACAAUCAGUGGGCAGAGCAUCACAGCUUUCAGCAACAUGAGCACUGGUAGCUGUGUGUCACCGGCGACUUCCCCCGUGACAGUGUCAGCGCUCAGCCACUACUCAUCAUCCACAGCAGGUCUGCUUGAUGAGCUUCAGAUCUGUAGCCUGGACUCACCUGGUGCCUCCCCAACGCCUUCGCCUACGCUCAGCCUUGUCUCUACCUACAUAUCCACUGCUGGGCCUGAUGAUGUGCUAACAACCUCUGUGGGCUCUACUGCUGCAGCAGCCACUGUCACUAAUGGCCAAGUUCUUUCUCAUGCAAUCAAUGGAAGUACUAGCCAUCCACAGAGGCCCAUGUCCCCGCCAUCAUACCCCCCUCCACCUCCCUCACUCCACACAGGGCUCCACAAACAGAACAGAAGCUCAGAGGGCAGUGAGUCGGUCACCAGAGAGUCUGUGGUUUCAGGCCACACCAGCAUCAGCAGUACAGUGCCCAUUGCUCGCUUCUCAGAGGAAGAAAGGAAGGUGUCCAUCGUUAAAGCCCCACAUUACGAAGGCAUCGGGCCUGUGGAUGAGUCAGGCAUCCCCAUUGCCAUUCGCACGACAGUUGAUAGGCCAAAGGAUUGGUACAAAACUAUGUUCAAACAGAUUCACAAAGUCCACAAAGCAGAUGAUGACUACUCUGGCACAUACAAUGCUGCAUAUGCUUUCAUAAACAACGCUGAAGACUACAGCACCACCAUGGCCCACCCCCCUCCACGAACACACACCUACAGACCUCUGUCCAAAAGCCCCUCAGACAAUGAUGGGCAGGUGGGUCUUCGAGAGCCUUCACCAUCUCCCUUACCUCCACCACCUCCACCCAUGCCUUCCCUCCUGCAGCUGAGGGCCAGAGACAGCGAUCGUGACAGAGAUUCUACUGACAUGAAUGAAUGGGGUCCUCCAGAUCGGAAAGUUGACACACGAAAGUACCGAGCAGAGCCCAAGAGUAUUUUUGAGUAUGAGCCUGGCAAGUCGUCAAUUUUGGAGCAUGAAAGACCAACCUAUGAUGACAUAGAUUUAGAGAACGAGCCUUGGUAUAAGUUCUUUUCCGAGCUGGAGUUUGGGCGGCCGCCUCCUAAAAAACAGCUGGAUUACAAUCCAGACGUCUCCACCAGCAAGCGCAUUGAGACGUCCCUCCACAUUGCUCCUGCUGACAAGGCUUCGGAGAGACCUGCAAGUGCUACCAGCGACUACAGGAAGAGAAGGAAGUCUGAGCCAUCAAGUUCACAAGUGAAUUCCCAGUCUCAGAGCAAAGCUGCAAUUUCCCCUAAAUCAGCAGAUACUUACAGAUCCAGCAGCAGCCUGAAGAAACCUGUUGUUCGUUCCUCACCUCCCUCACCCUUAAGAGCCAAAGGUGGGGACGCAUGCAACAUGUUUUCAAACAGUAUAAGCACCCCAGGUCCUUAUGAGAGUACCUCUCUCCCUCCUCUUCUUUCUGACGCUGAUCGUUGCCACGAGGAUUCCAGCCAGGCAGGCAGCUCUUCCUCAAAGCAGUCUGUCUUUUGCACAAACAACUGGCAGCCGAACAGUCAGGAUGAUAAAACAUGGAGCAGCACAGAGGAGGCACCACACUCCUCUGGCAAAAUCAAAUCCCGCAGUUGUGAUGACUUGCUUAAUGACGGUCAUUCUGGUUCUGGUGGACAAAAUGCCACUCGGUCAGAAAGCGCUGGAUCUUUGGUGUGUGAUGGGAAUAACUCUACAGUAUUAACCUCAACUCAGUCCCUUCCGCCUGUUCACCGGCGACGUGCACAUGAUUCACCAGGCUUUCUUCAACUCUAUCGUAAAAUGCACCAGAUUGACCGAGCUCAGCUUAUCCCUUCUGAAAUAAUCCGAUCUGUCCGUGCCCGUAUCCUGGAUCUAGAGCGCCAACCUCAUUUUCAUCGCCAUCGCCUCCUUCCUUGGACACCCUCUUGGGGUGUGGAAGUGCCAAGGGACAUGGUGCCAAAUCGCAUUUCUGAAUAUGAACGUCUUAUUCAGAAGUCCAAAUCUAUGCCUAACUUAGGUGAUGGUGAGGUGCCUUCAGGCACUACAACACCAGGUGGUUCAUCAUCUCUUGCCAGCAGCGGUGGAGGCAUGACCCCCAUUUUUCCAAAACGCAGAUUUUCAAUUGAGUCAUUAUUAGAGGAAGAUGCCAGUAGCAACAACAGGAUUGUACGUUGCAGCAUGGAUCAUAUACCUCGUAGCCCACCAGAAGGGCAACCACGUGUCGGUCCUGAGCCUGGACGUGGGCAGUCAUUUUCGGCCCCUCCUAUUCCGCAAAGCCCCCAAGAAAAUCCUGACUAUUCUGACAGUGAACAAGACGCCAUUGCAUCUGACCUCAGUGACUUUAUCCAGGUGGAAGGUUCUUCAUUUUGUAGUGAGAGUGAUUUUGACCAUUGCUCUCUAACUUCAUCCGAGAGCUUAUACGGAUCUUCCACUCUCCAUCACCACCACCUCCGUCACCACCACCAUCACCAUCAUCAUCAUCAAGGUCACCAAAGUCUAGGUCAAAGCCAGGGCUACCAACACCGCCACCUCGUCAGCACCUGCAAGGGCCGUUGCCCAGCCUCAUACACCCGCUUCACAACCAUGCUUCGCCAUGAGAGAGAGCGAGCGCAAAAGCAGAACCAGAGACAGCAGAGUCACAGCAGCCAUUCCCAAAUUCAGGGCUCGCAAUCCCAACAAGCGAUGUCUAAGCUGGCCUACUUGGUCAGCCCAGUGCCUUUCCGCAGGAAAAAGGGCUCACCACCUACCUCUAGGAGGAGCAGCGGUGGUGGAGGUCGUGGUAGCAGACCCAAGUCCAAACAGGCCAUUUAUGAAGCACUAGAUACAGCCUUGAGAGACAUUUAUGAGCACAUUCAAGCAGAGAGAGGUCACAGAAGCCCUAGGCCUCCCGAUGACAGUAUUUUGAGAAGAAUUUUGGCCGAACUGUUGCCAAGUGUGCCUGAACGAAGUUCCUCUUUGCGAGGGAGAAGGGGUUGCUGGCAUGGGGGACACUUUUCUGCAUCCGUUUACCCAGAGGGAAACCAGGCUGUGUAUGUGUCGCAUAGAAGAGAACCAUCUACAACAAGUCUACAGUCCCCAAGGUUACAGUCGCCAGUCAGUGCCUGCUAUGGACGACAUUUGGAGGCCUCAAACAAUAACGAAUAUAGCGGAGAGCAAGACAAUGGAAAUGGUCCUUGUUAUUCAGACCAGGAUGUCUCCAGGAGUUAUUCCACCAUGGAUGGACACCACACACCACAGAGCAGAAGAGCAACUCCUGACAGAGAGGUCUCCCAUAAACAGAUGACACAACUUAUUCUCUUCUCUCUCCUCCAUCAGAAACAGCCUGCAAGAGCAAUUUAUGAUUUUAAGGCACAAACAGCAAAGGAGUUAACAUUUAAAAAGGGUGAUGCAGUCAACAUCAUCAGGCAAAUAGACAACAACUGGUAUGAAGGAGAACACAGAGGACGAGUGGGGAUCUUCCCCAUAGCGUACGUUGAGAAGAUGCCAUCGUCGGAGAAGCAUCAGCCAAUCCGUCCUCCUCCUCCAGCACACAUCAGGGAGAUUGGCGAGGCUGUGGCGCGCUAUAACUUCAAUGCUGACACUAACGUGGAGCUGUCUCUAAGAAAGGGUGAGAGAGUUACAGUCAUCAGGCGGGUGGAUCAGAACUGGUUCGAGGGGAAGAUUCCUGGCACAAUCAAACAGGGCAUCUUUCCGGUGUCUUACGUUGAUAUCGUCAAGCACUCUCCAUCCAAGAGUCCCAGCCACCACGUAGAUCCUGUUGCCUACAGCAGGGCGCCAAGCUCCACCCCUGUCAAGGAGUCCUUCUAUCACCCACCUCCAUCCUUCCCCACCCGUGACCUCCUUUCCCCUCAGCGCUCUCCCAGAAGGCUUGACCUACAGGCUGUGACCAGCGAGUGGCUCUCGCUCACGCUGGACCCAUCCACCCCCACUCCCACCCAUUCCCUCACAGCCACUCCUUUACCUCCAACACCGCCACCCCUUCCCCCCGACCUCACACCUCUCCUAGCAGCACAGGUGUCUACUUCAGUCUCACCUGCUCCUUCGCAGAAAAGCUCCUCCUUUUCAAACUGGCCGACUUUUAAAGCUCCACUUUUCUCUGAGAAAGGAGCAGCUUUAUGUCACACCGCAACUGUCCUUCCUCAGCCAACCCCUCCACCGCCUCCUCCUCUUCCUCCACCUGCUUGUUCCUCAUUCACCUCUGAUUAUAUAGUUACACACAACGGCAAGGGGGUACAUGUUUUUGAGGGGAACAAAUCAACAAGCUUAACCAGGCCUGAUUGCUUGACCUGCUCCAAGUCAGUGACAGGAAACUCACCCACCCAAAUUCCAGAGCAGCUGGAAUCUGCUCAUGAGCAGGAAAACAGCAAGUCUCCUGAUAUUGAGCUGCAUGUGAGAGACCCUUAUGAUGAGUUGUCAGUGGUUCUGGAUGAUUCCAGCAGCGGAGAUGAUGCCAAUGAUUCAAAAAAGACUGCAAUAGACUCUUUAUGUGUCAAGUUAAACAGAGAAGCUCAGAGCAGAUGGUUCCAGGACAAAGUCCAGCACAGUCCGCUGGCAGCAGAUAUUGACUCUUUUAGCACAGCACAGCUAAAGGUUCAGGUUCACAAGACUUUAAACAUGAAGCCGCUGUCUGAUUUGACGCAAGAGCAGCAAGUAUCGGUAAAUGAGCAGCGGAUUGAUUCUCAGAGGCCGCCAUCAGUAGAAGGAAAGAUAUACACAGAGUUAUUCAUCGAAGAAGAAGAUGAAGACAUGGAGGACAAAGAGGAGAAAGUUAGAGAGUUAAAUGAGCGAUUCAGUCAACAGGCUGAAGCCUCUUCUUCCUCCCCGUCACAGCUUCCUUGCUCCGGUCUCCCUCCCCUCUCUCCCUCACUCCCUCCAGUUUCCACACUCCCUACUCCUUUCCUAAGUUCUUCCUCCUCCCCGUCAUCCAGAUCCCAACAUCAAGACCGCAGCACAAUGUCUGUCUCUCCCUCUGUCGUCUCUCAUCCUCCCCCAGGCCUCCCUCACCUGUCAACCUUUCCUCUUCCUCCUGUCUCCCUCUCUCCAUCUUUGCCAUUGUCUCUUUCUAUCAUUUCUGACCCCUCUUCAGAUGUUCCUCUCUAUCAGUCCUCCAAUUCCUCUCGUCUACCCUGUCCAGUUACAUCCUCCCACACCUCACAGUCAGUUUUCCAUCCCAUUAACACGUCUCCCCCUAAACCUGCCUCUCCUCCCCCCUCUAGUCCCCACUCCCCCAACAAUACCCCUGUUGUCUCACACGCAGGCCGUAGAUCCCCCAAGGUGAAGGAUCCAGUUGUUGGCGGUAAGCCCCCUCGUAGCCCCAUCUUGUCAAGGAGGUCCUAUCUGUCGCCAGUUAGAGGUCGAAGGCGGUUGGUACAGGACGCACUCCACGGUGGAGGAGAGCCAUACCAGGCCUUGUACAACUACAUCCCGCGAAAUGAAGAUGAGCUGGAGCUGAAGGAGGGAGAUAUUGUGGACGUCAUGGAGAAAUGUGAUGACGGCUGGUUUGUUGGGACGUCUCGAAGGAACAAGCUGUUUGGAACCUUCCCAGGAAACUACGUGAAGCAGCUAUAAGGAUGAUUCAAGAGAGCUUUAUGGCCCCGCCCCUUUCUGCAACACGUUCAUCGCCGUCAGCACAGCGCUCACAGGACGCCAGCGAAAACCUGAGGCUGCAGCACACUUAAAGAUUUGCAUCCCUUUGAGGCUUUCAGCUUUACACAGACAGAACCUUAGCUCAAACUAGCCAUCUUUAAUGAAAGACUUUGACAAGAUGCUGUUUUUUUAAUCUUCUCUUUUUACUAUUAUUUUUCUAUUUUGGAGAACUCAAAAAUGUCUGCUCCUUGGCGAUGAGAAAAAAGGAUAUUCAAGGGCGGAAAAAAUACUUUCCUUUAUAUGUUAGCUGUUUUCCAGGCAGUAAGUUACCAAGAUCACCUCUGUAGUCUGAUAUUUUAACUCUUUAAGAUGCAGUUAGGCAGUGUUCAGUUUAAGAAAUCCUUAAGAAAAUAAAGUUCAGAAAGUGUUGAAAAAGCAGUAUUGUGUUAGUUAUGCUCCAUAACAUUUAUGAUAGGCCAUUCAAAUAUCACAUUAGUUACGUGUAAAUCAUCAGUCAUUUAUUUCAGGUGCUGCAGGUGAAUAGAGAAAAUUCUCCCUGAUGAUUUCGUAUUUACAAUGCAACAUUUUUGCAAAACUUUUUAAAAAUAUUGUUUUUGUUCAAAAGUUUUUUUCACUUUAUGGUUGAUGCACUUUAACAGUAUCUCUACACAAGCAUGUCUCUUUUCUUUUUUUUCCUUCAGAUUAAUGACACUAGAGAUUUGUUUGACUGCAGCACGUCAGGAGACAGUCGCCUUGAAAAUGUUUGCGGAAAGGUUGUUUACCUUUUUAGGUAUUUAUCAAGAGGACAAACUGUUUAUCAAAUUGUUAUGAGAUGAACAUGUCAUUGUCUUUUUUUUAGACAUUUUUUUUUAAAUCUAGUGUUUUGAGGCAAGGUUUUAUUUUCAAUGAUCAUUGAGCUGUUAGGUUGUUGUUAUCUGGAAUGUAAUGAAUUAUCACACAUUUCCAAUGUGGAAUUUGACGAUGCGAGGUGAGGUAAUUUAUGUAUUGCUGUCAGAGUGAGUAAGUAGUGUAUCACUGUUCAUGUGUGCAUAUUAUUUGGAAGAUUUGCCAUUUAUCAUCCUAGAUAAGCUGUCAUGUUAAGGGAACACCACCUAUUUGUUUUUGUUGUUUCACUUAUUUUCCCCAUUUAACAUUUCACAAAGAAUGGACACUGACAGCAAAAACUAUUGUUAAAGCACCUUAAGAUAUGUUAUUCAACAACCACCUUCACGUUACUUCUUGUUAUUCACUGUGUCAGCUGGUGUGAGCACGCCUUGCGUUUGUGUCAUUUUUGUAAGCCUUUUGUACUACAGCCAGCAUCCACGUACUUUAUAAACUCAGCUGUUUUUCACCCACCAUCACAUUCGUUUCUUCUUUCUUCACAUUUUUGUUCGUCUUUCACCUGUAAGUGUGAUGUGUUUGAUGCAUUCUAUUUAUACUCAAAAGUCAGAAUUUGUUUCACUUUAAAGUCAGUAAAAUUGAAUGGCUCAGUAACUGAUGCAGCUAUUCUGUCUUGACAAAGCCUGAGGUGUGAAAGCCGUUUAUGAAAUCUAGUCAAAUUGGCAGGAAUAGAGUAUUUAAUACAGACUGCCUUCAUUUGAAAGGGUCCUGUGCUGCCUAAACCUAAGGAAUUGGAUUUUACCCGUUUUACAAGUCCAGAUAAAUCUGGAAAAAAAUAUGUAUGAAACUAUUUCAUUUUUUCCCUUGAUCUCAAGUAUCUAGAAGAUAAAUAUAAGAAUUUCAAAAAAACUGAAUGAUUCUUUAAAUUGAUCUAUAUAGAGAGAAAAUCAUUUAAUUUUGGCAUCCUCACAACCUAACUGGAUCUGGUUUAGAUAAAAUCUAUUGCUUUAAAAAAAAUAUAAGAUGAUUUACAAUCAUUAUGCAUUGUAUUCGUUUUUAAACAUUUUUAACAAAGACUAAAUUAGUUGUCAGUACUUCCAAGCUGCAGUUAGCAUCUCAUUGGUGAGUAAAGAUGUUGGCUUUGAUAGCGUAAAACAAAUAUGUCUGCAUUUAAAAGGAUUCAUACUUAUUCACCUCAAGUCCGAGAUUUCAAGAAAGCUGGCAACAGUUUUGAAUCCAAUUUAAGGGUGAAAUAGAGACUCUUAAUCUGCUUAAUUGAGCUCUAUUUUGCUUUCACUUUCUCUUCCAGUCUGAAUAAAACCUAAAUAACAACCUGAAUAAACUGCAAGCAUACAUCGACAUGUUAUAGGAAUGACAGUUUCAGUUUAAAUGGCCUGGUACGCCUCACUGAGCCUGAAAAUGAAUAACUUCAUGUGCUUUUUUUUUUCAACAAUAACUGCUUUCACAUCAAAGGCUUUUUUUAAGAACAAGCUUUGAGUAGGUAGCUAUUCACAGAACAACUACAAUGCAAUGGUUUGUGUCUGAUUGGUCAGCAGCCAGAGGCCCUAAAUAUUUUCAAUGCAUUUCUAUGAUUUCUAUGUUCAUUUCAUGUUUGAAUCUAUACAAAUUUGAGAAAAAGAUGUUUAGCCUUUGAUAGCAGCAGACGGCACAAUAGCAAUCAGCAAAGGGCUGUUUUCUGACCGUGCAACAAAAACUCGAUGUCAUUUACAUAUCCAUCUUCUGAGGCAAAUGGAAUGCAGAACUUUAGCUGAUCUCACAUGUGCUUUAAAAGCCAUAAUGCUUUUGAAGUCGAAGUUAUGGUAGGUCAAUUUAUAGUAGGGACUGUUGCCUUAUUUAAGUUUCACUACUUUCAUUGCCAUGUACAUGUAAACCUCUUUUAUGAUGCAAGAAUUUAUGCGUAUGUAGUCUAGGAAAAAAAAAGUAGAAAUGAUAGUGUGCAGAGAAGACAAAAAUAUUCAGUGUUUAUACCUCCUGUUUGCCCUUGAUAAGCGCAGAGAAUUGCAAACAAAUUUGAUUUCUGAUGUUUUCAGAUGUGAUGACAUUUAAAUUGUAUCUGGUACUCAGUAGAUUACAAGUAUUUCUACAAUAUUCUAGCAAUUCUGGAUGAUCUUCUGAGUUGUACUAUUAAUAAAAUCAAGCUGGUCAAUCUUU